UAAAAAAUAUCUGACAGACGAUUCUGAAGAAAUUCCUGUAACAACAAAAUAUUCUCGUCUAUUAAGUGCAAAAAAGGGAAAAUAGGAAAACAGAUGGAUCAAGAAUGUGAUCAUGAACAAAAUGAUGUUAUUAUCCAAGAACAUUCUUUCCAAGAAUCUUUCGAAAAAGAAAACAUGAAUCACCAUUAUUCUGGACUUAACAAUGAAAAUAAUAAGUCUAAAGAAGAUAAAAAUGAACAAGAUUAUCAAUCUGAAAAUGAAUCUGAAAAUAAUGAUUGUUUUGAUAAUAAAAAUGACAAUAAUGAAAUUUAUUAUUUUGACGAUAAUGGAGAGCUUUAUGAAGAUGAUAAUAGUUCUGAUAGUGAAGAAAGUGAGAACCAUGAUGAAUAUCAAGAAUACUCACAAGAACCUACACGAUUGUCUAUAUAUGAAGGAUGUGAUUUAAGUAAAGAAGAAAGUCAAUUGAUGAUAAUGAGUAUGGCAAUUCAAAACAAAUUGACUGAUUCUGCAUUACAAGCUUUACUUCAAAUUAUUGAUUCUCAUUUGCCUUAUAGGGUAUAUUCCUCAAAGUAUCAUUUUCUACAAUUUUUUCCAAAGGUAGUUUUCUGUAAAUAUUAUUUUUGUCCAACGUGCUUUAUUAUAUUGACAUUUCAUUGUGAUACUAUUACUGAAUGUAAUAACUGUCGAAAACGUUAUGAACAAAACCAAUUACAAAGAAAUUUUAACUAUUUUUAUCAUUUUUCAUUGAAGUCGCAGUUGAUCGAGUUAUUAAAAACUAAAUUAUUUACACAAUUUAGAAAAAAUAAUCUCAUUGAAAGUGAUAUUGUAGAUGGAAAACUUUAUCGUAAGUUAAAAGAACAAAAAGUUAUAUGUGAUAACGAUAUUACUAUUCAGUGGAACACAGAUGGUGUAGAAAUAUUUAAUUCGUCCACAUACACUAUAUGGCCGAUUCAAGUAUGUAUAAAUGAAUUACCAUAUCGAGUUAGAAGAGAUAACAUUUUGCUUUGUGGAUUAUGGUUUUAUAACCAUAAACCACCAAUGAAUUUGUUUCUUCGUCCAUUCAUAGACGAACUUUUAGAAUUAGAAACAAAUGGAUUCUGGUGUGUUCCAUAUAAACACAAGGAACCCAUACUCGUAAAAGUUUAUACACUUCUUGCAGCUGUAGAUACAAUAGCUAGACCACUUAUUCAAAACAUGAAGCAAUUUAAUGGUGCAUAUGGAUGUUCAUAUUGUUUCCAUAAAGGAGAACAAACUUUAAUUGGAAGAGGUCAAACACGUAUAUAUUCUGGUAAUAAAAGCAUGUUACGAAACAUAAAGCAACAUUAUAAACAUAUUGAAAGAGCUAAUAAUGAAGGAAGACCAGUAAAAGGUGUUAAAGGUUCUUCAGUAAUAAUGCUUUUAAGUACGUGUCAUAUUAUUCAUUCUUUUCCACCAGAAUAUAUGCAUUCAGUUUUAUUAGGCGUGACAAAAUUAUUUGGAACAUUGUGGUUUGACUCAGUUAAUAAUAAUAAAGAUUGGUACUUAGGCUUAAAAGUUACUGAAUUCAAUAAUAAAUUACUAGCUAUACGACCUCCUUGUGAAAUUAUAAGAACGCCACAAUCUGUGAAAAAUACAAAAUGGAAAGCAAACGAAUGGAAAUCUUUCUUAUUGUAUUAUUCGCUUAUUUGCUUGAAUGAUAUAAUGCCACGAAAAUAUAUUAAACAUUGGUUACUAUUUGUAUAUAGCAUUUAUAUUUUUUCCAAAACAAAAUUUACAGAUAACGAGUUUGAUAAAGCGAAAAUAGCACUUUAUGAAUUUGUUUUAAAUGUCGAGUUACUCUAUGGAAAAGAAUAUAUGAAAUAUAACUUACAUAUGAUGCUUCAUUUGCCAGAUUAUGUGAAAAAAUACGGUGCCGUAUGGGCAUGGUCAGCAUUUCCGUUUGAACACUUUAAUGGUAUAAUAGCAAAGAUGUUUCAUGGAAGUCAAUGUAUAUCACUACAAAUUUGUACAAUUUAUUCCAGAAUAAGAUAUAUUAAACAAAAUUCAGAUAUCUUUAGUAGGUCUAAUUGUAGUAGACAAGGAAAGAAAGUGUUUCAAUAUAUAAUGAAAGAAACUAAAAUUUUAAAAUGUAUAAAAUAUGGAGAUGAUUUGAGAAUAUUUGGGAAACCUGUAAAUAUAACUUUGUCAUUGUCUCAAAAACUGUUGAUUGAGGAAUUAUUACAGCAAACAAUUACACAAGAAGUAAAAUCAUUUCAAAGAUUUUCUUAUAAAAAUACUCUUUAUCAUAGUUACAAAUAUUCUCGUCUUAUUAAAAGAAAUAAUAGUACAGUUCUAUUAAAUAAUAAAGAAUUAAUAGUAAUUUCAGAUCUAAUCUUAAUUAAUACAUCAGAACUACAAGAAAUAUACUAUGUUGUCCUUGGUAAAAAAUUACAAAUAAUGGACGAAGAACUUUGUAAACACAAAUGUAUAUCAACAAAAAUGUUUUCAUUUAUAGCACGUAAAACAAACAAUGAUAUUUCUUGUUUUCCAUCAAAUUUUGAUAAAAAAUGUUGUAAUAUCCCUUAUAAAGAAAAUAAGUUAUAUAUCGUGCCUUUGGUAAAUACAGUAGAAAUUGAUUAAAUAAUUUACUGUUUAUUAAAUUUAUCAUAAUGUAAUUCUUUAUGAGUUAAAAUUUUGUUCUUUUAUAUGUACACAUGUAUAUGUU